AUGGCAGCGCGGGCGGCCAGCAGCGAGGAUGGCACUGGGCUCAGGAGCUCGGUCGCUGGGGGUCGGGCUAAGCGGUUAGCAGCAAAGCAGGGUUCGGUCUCGUCGGACGAGUCAGCUGCGUCGACACCUUCACGGAAAAAGGCCAAUCGACGGCGGUUGCCGUCCGAGGUCACACCCUUUCAAGGUCCGGACCAGCUUCGGCUCGUUGAAACGCCACAAACAGCUAUUCACAGGCCACCUGGCAUUGCCCCGCUUGCGUGUCAUCUUUGCUUAGCUCGCGUCUACGAGCUCGUUCGGAAAAUUCCCGCAGGCAAGGUGGCGACCUAUGGCGAGGUGGCACGGGCCGUGGGCUGCAAGGCCGCACGGCCCGUCGGCCAAGCCAUGCGCAAUAAUCCCUUUGCCAUGAAGCUCUACCCCGGUCCCGAUUACCCACCCGAGAUGGUCCCUUGCCAUCGUGUCGUGUCCAGUGAUUUCUCAAUGGGUGGCUUUGGUGGUCAGACGGCCAUCUCCAGCACCAACAUUUGCGACAAGGUUGAUCUCCUGCGUCGCGAAGGCGUCAAGACGCUGCGCGAUGGCAACAAGAUUAAGCUGGCGCGGCCAUCAAUGGAUGUGGUGCGGCUCACGGCCAAAGGGCCUGUAUCACCACGGAAGUGA